AAAGCCAAAAAUCCAUCUAGUCCAGUGAGUAAGCAACAGAAUGAAAGGCCAAACACUCCAACAGCAAAAGGUCCUAAACCUACACGACCUCCUCGACCUUUUAGUCCACAAGCUGUCCCUGAUACAUUUACCACUCCACAGACUGAUGCCACAACUCCUUCUGAUAAGUUGGAGGCAACAGAUCAUCUACCUGAAGCCACAAAUUUUACUGAAGAUGUAAAGGUUGAUAACAAUGGGUUAAUACAGAAAUCUGGGGAAACUUCUUUGGUAGUUGGUGCUCUAAGCUUAUCUCCCAGGGCAGUUCAUAAGCAAACCUUUCUAAGGAAAGAUAAGUCUGUUACCUUUGCUGAUGAAAAGUCUUCAGGUGAAGCUCUGGUGAAUCAAGUGAACUUUGAAGAUGGUGUAAAGUGGAGGACAUAUAGAACAUCAAGUGGAAGAAUAAAAAGAGACCUCAUACAGUCAUGUUGCCUGUUUUAAAAAGUCCUUUUUUGGAGAGUUUUCAAAAGGUUCCAUCCCCGGUUAUAAAGGUUUCCACACUUCCUCGUUCUUUAUCAGAAAAGAAAACACCACCCCAGCGUCCCCCUCCACCAAAAAUUAAGCAAAAGAAUGAGAUAAAUAAUAAGCAUGAGGUAAGUAAUACAUCACAACAGAGUCCUGAGAUCAGAACAGAAGUUAAACCUUUUGCAGUUGAAAGCAAGCCUCCUCAGGAAGAUGUAACCCUAGAAAACAUUCAAAACAGUACUUACUUUCCUGAUGAGUCACCCUUAAAUACUGGAGGAAAGAAAGUAAUAUGUUUGAUAAAAGAUCCAAACGAUGAAGCCAAAAAUUUCUCACAGAUAAAACCAGAACACCGUAGUUCACCUGAACAAGAUAAGAUAAAGAGAGAUACAUGGGAAAAAGAGAACAAGGAAGUAGAGAACAUAUUAUCAAAUGCUGUAGGUAUGGAGAUGCAUUUUAAAAUUCCAUCAUUAGAUAAGAGUGAGGCUGAAAAUACUUUAACCACAAAUAAGAAUAUUUCAGAAGCUUUACUUAAUCAAGAAAGUCCAGAGCCUCCUAGACCUCCAAGACCACCUCCACCAGAUUAUAAUUCUCUGAGAAGAAAAUUAAAUUACUAUGAAGAAAUUCAGAACUCUCCUAAAGAUAGUUGCAUUUCACCCAAUACUUCAAAUUCACAAGUCAUCGUGACAAAAACACAACCAAGACCCCCUCCAAGAGUGAAACGUAAACGGUCAAGAACAGUUGAAAUUGUGACUCCAGUUUGGAAGAUGAAUGAAAGAAAAACUCGUCGCAGCCAAUCAUUAGAUGAGUGUGAUAUCAGGAAAAAAAAAGCUGAUCGAGAAAUAAUAUCUUCCUCAACUGUUCCAAGAGUUAAAGCAGUCUAUACUCAGGUUCAGAAAGAAUCAGUUAUUAAGAAUAAAUCAAAUUCUUCAGUUGCAAAUGAUAAAACGUUUGAGGGUUAUCAAAAAAUGAAGUUUCGUCCACUACCCCCACCCCCUCCUCCUCCACGUUCUAGGUCAAAAGGGCUUUCUCCUCAGGGUGAAGAUACAUGUAGUCAAAACAUUAGCAUGACUCAUACUUGCUAUAAUGACUCAUCAGGUUUUAAAGAAUCAAAUAACCAGAAAGACAGUUGGGUUGAAAGCACCGACUUGAAAAGUCUAGGUGAAUGUGGAGUUAAGCAAAUAGUGCAAGAGUCUAUGGAAAGUGAACAAGUUUUACAUGAUAAGGAGUCUACAAAAAUAUGUCAUUUAGGGUGGAAGAAAGAGCACAGUAAAAUGGAGUCUCAACUAACAGGACAAGUACAAAAUAAUAUUUGUAAAGUUCUUUUAGAAGAUCAAAGAAGUAUGCAAUUACCUGAAGUAGAUGAAAAUGCCAAUUUACCUGAUAUGUCAAAUGAACCAAACAUUCACAGCAAAAAUGGUAAUGUUCACCAACAGCACUCUACAGAAAUGGAUGAUGAAAUCAAGACAACUUUGGCAAUAGAGGAUAAUAUGGUUAAAGUAGCCAACAGUAUAUUUUACAACCAGGAAUCUGCUGUCCCUAUAGAACCAGUUCAGAGGAAAAACUCUAAGACACCUAGUCCUGAGGUAGAGAGGAAUAAAUAUCAAACUUUACAGGACAAGAGAAAAACAAAAUGGUAUGAUGCAAGUAACCUUCCUGCCAAUGUAGAGGAGAUUGACAGUGGUUUAUUAGAUAAACUUGAAGGAAGUUGUGAUCCUGCCAGUUUCAUAGAUAAACAGCAUUUCAGUGUAGCUCAUAAUGAAAUAAAACAAAAAGAAUUAGAACAAAAAAGUCUGGGUCAAAAAGAUGAACAGAACAAGAAUUUGCAGUUUUGGUCUAUUGUGCCAGAAAAUGAAUUACCAAGUACUGGAGCAAAAGCCAAAUGUUCUAGGGAACAGCAGCUGGUUAUGCAGUCACCUGACCUUAUAGAAAAGUCGGUACAAACAGUACCAGUAGAAGGUCUUUUUUCCUUAAAGAAAACAACUUUUGAACAGAGUGAAUCAGAAGACACAGAUGAGCUUACUCGAGAUCUUCAAAGAGAAUUGAAACUUAUUCUAGAAAGGCACAAAAAGAAAGGAUGGGGAGAAGGAGGAGAAUCGAAAAAUAGGUGUGAUGAGAGAGGACAAGAAAGAACACGACUAGUUUUCCAGCAUGGCAAACCUAAAAUCAGAGCUUCACAGCAAUUUCCUGUUUCUGGUGUAGAAGUUUCAAAAGAAAAAGAAAAAUUUUUGCAGAGUAGCAGGUCUUCCACCUCAGAAAUUAGCUGGCAAGAAGAAUCUUCUGAAGAUACUGAUGAAGAGAUCUUAUCACUGACUCCUGAUAUUGAAGAAACUGCUGCACAGAAGAAGAAAAGACGUGUUUUUUACAUUGCACAGGAGAUCAUGACAUCAGAAAAAUUGUUUGUUGACGUACUGAGACUACUAAAUGAGGACUUCAGGAAAGCUGUUGGAGAAGCAGAGAGAGAACAAGGUACAUCUAUUAUUCCAGAGGAAAUUCUCAAUCAGCUACUAAAGUACUUCCCUCAGCUUCAAAAUCUCAAUGAGAAUCUACUAAGAGAACUUCAAGAAAGAAUAGAACAUUGGCCUGAAAUUGGAAGGAUAUCAGACAUUCUUGUCACACUUGGUCCAUUUUUGAAGCUUUACUCUGCAUAUAUCAGAGAUUUUGAAUCAACAAUAAAUUUGUUUGAGGAGUGUAAGAAGAAAUAUCCAUUGUUUUCUCAAGUAGUAAAAGAAUUUGAGAUGAACCCUCGCUGCCAGAGACUGUCUCUGAACCAUUAUAUGCUUAAACCCGUCCAGCGCAUUCCACAAUACCGACUUUUGCUGCAAGAUUACUUGCACCAUUUACACAUAGAUUCUCCUGAUUAUGAAGACACAGUUGCAGCAUUGGAGAUCAUGAGUCAAGUUGCUGAUCAUGCAAAUGAAACGAUGAAGCAAGAGGACAACCUCAGCAAGCUCAUCACCAUACAGAAUAGAAUAUUUGGUCAUCAUGAAGUAAUUCGGCCUGGAAGGGUUUUUAUAAAAGAAGGUGAACUCAUGAAACUUUCUAGAAAAAUAAUGCAGCCUCGGUGGUUUAUAUUGUUCAGUGAUAGUCUUUUGUACAUGACAAAAGUCCAGAAUAAUCUAUAUCGAGUAAACCAUGAGCUACAGCUGACUGGUAUGAGGGUUUCAAUACCCAUUCAACAAGAUUACCAGAACGAGUUCAGCAUCGUCAGUGUAACGCGAUCCUUUUCUCUGGCUGCUAGCUCUCCAGAGGAAAGAGACCAGUGGAUUAAUGCCUUAAGUCAUGCUAUAGAAGAAAAUGCUUGUAAACGCAGUACUUUUCAGAAUAUUCAUCACCAUCAAAAGAGUGGAGAGGAAACACCUCUGGAAAACACAGGUUUUGAAUUGGGACAACGAGCACCAAUAUGGAUACCUGAUGUUCGAGUCACCAUGUGUCAGUUGUGUACGAGUGAGUUCACUGUCACCUUUCGUCGUCAUCAUUGUCGAGCUUGCGGGAAGGUGGUCUGCUCUGCUUGUUCAGCAAGCCGUGCUCCACUUCGCUACCUUGGAUUUCGACCAGUGAGAGUUUGUGAUGAAUGUUUUCCAAAACUCCGACAAGAGUUUACUGAAUACUCUGUGGGAGGUGGGGAUUCUGGGGGAGCAUCAGAAUCUGCAGAUACAGAAAGUGACACUCCUCAUUCAAUGGCAGAUUUGAAAGCUCAGUUUAAAGAAAAUCUUCGACACACUGGAAAGAAAAUAAAACGAAAUUUACCCAGUGUGCUGAAAGAGGUUAGUGCCAAUGACCAAGGUUCUUCUAAUAGUGGUUACUUGCAGAGGAGAGGACGGAGAGGUUGGAAGCGUUACUGGUUUGUCAUUAAAGACAAAGUUUUAUACAUGUACAAAGCAAGUGAGGAUGUUGCUGCUUUGGCAAGUAUUCCUCUUUUGGGCUAUACUGUAGACACGUUUACUGAGGAAAUAGAUGAAGUUGAAGGAAACUUACUGUUCCAACUGACACAUCCAGGACAACCUCCUGUUUUGUUUCAUGCUGAUACACCUAGCUCAGCAGAAAGAUGGAUUAGAGCAAUGGAGGAGGCAACUGUGUUGGAGUGAUAAGAAUUUUGGGUUUAGGAAGUAUUUCAGAAGCAUUUCAUGCUUUCUUGUUUCUGGUUUCUUCCAAUCCAUGACGUCACAAUACUUCUUCUGGAAAGAAAGAAAAUGUUUCAUCACAAUAUUUUUUUAAUGAAAGAAAGCAUUAUAAGUUUAUCUACAGUUGCUAAUGUUUUACUUUGGUUUUUGAGUUUUUUUUGUUUUUUUAAUUUUGAAAUGAUAGAACUGUUUGUACUCCAAAAACUUUGUGUAAAUUACAAAAAAUGUUGUUCUACUUGUCCAUCAAAACUAAGAAAAGUCUCAAAGUAAGAAACAAACACCUGUAUUUGGUUAAAAACAUUUAAACAUAUAACUUAUGUUAUAUUUCAUUUAGCAUAAUUUUAUGUCAGAUAAUGCAGGUUAAGAAACAUUCAAAUCAUCUUAACCUAGUACAUAAUAAAUUGGAAAAUUUUGUCAAUUAAAUAUGAGAUAAAAGUUGCAUAAAAUGUGGAAAAUAAUAUAUAUAUGUGACAUCGUAAUGUGUCCUUGAUCCUUGUAUUUAUUUAUUAUUAUACUUUUAGUGUAUCUAGAUUUUGUGUAGGCCAGCAUUUUUCCCAAAGUAUUUACAACUCAUGUUGGGCAGAGUGGAAUAACAAGAUUAGGAAAAUAUGCCUUUCUAGUAUUUCUUGUCAUAAUUUAAUGUUUAAUGUUUACAUACUUUAUAGCUUGCAAGAUGUUAUAUUAAAAUGCCUCUACUGUAUUAUUUUAAAGGUACACGUGUAUGCAUAUUGAGACAAAGUUUUGUCUAAUUUAAUUUUGUUUCCUCUUGUUGUUCUUGGAGGCUAUCUUUAAACAAGUUUUUCUUUAUCCAGUAAAUAUCACUUGUAAAGUCUAAAUUUACUAUAUUUUAUUUUAAGAAAUAACAGUGUUAGUAUAUAUUUUGCCUAUUUUAAAAAUGUAUAAAAUGGCAAAACUGUCUAAUUAAGUUUCUAACUUUCAUAUUUUUAUUGAAGCUACUUUGUUAUAAUGCUUAUCAUUGCAGUUGAAAUAUUUUCUUUCCCACAUCUUUCACUCAGAAAAAAAAUCUUGACUUUUUUUUAUUGCAUAUUCUGAUACAAGUAGAGGUUUGGAUUAACUUCUCAAAAAUACUAUUGGAACAUAUAAAGUUGCCAAAACGUUAUAUAAAAGUUAUUUUAUCAGCAUUAUUACUUUUGGUAUCACAUAAUCACGAACAAUCACGAACAAUUUGUGGUAAAUUAAUUUAGUCAUUUUGUAUAAUCAAUAUUUCAAUUUUCAUUCGAGUUGCACAUAAAAGUAGCGUAUUUGUUUUAGAGAAAUGUUAUAUCUUGUUUUGACUCUUAGAAAUCUGUUUGUGUCACAUUUGGUGCUUGGUUUUGUAGUUUCUUUAUACAACCACUUGUGAAGUUGUUUCUUUACUGUGUAUCCUUCAUUAAAAGAAGGUUUAGAAGGAAGAUCUGAAUUCAUUGGAAAGAUCUUUUAAUAGAGGUCGUCAACAUUUUUUGGUGAUCUGUACUAGCUCCAAAUGGGUAGGUGAAAUUGGUUAAUAUUUCAGAAUUUUCUUUUUAUUGUAGUCUAUUCUGUUUAAGAAAAUACAGUCACAAGAAGUAUUUGGGUUAUGGAAAGUUCAAGUAAAAUAAUAGUGGUAAGCUAAAUUCCAAACAUCUUCCAGUACAGGAAGAAAAUUGAAAAAUUCAGUGUUAUUAUAGUGUUUUGUGUGAAGUAAAAAAAUGCAAUAUCAGGUACUUCUAACCUACCUCAUUAUACAU